UGAAAUGAGAACAGAAGUAGAUAGUAAGAGAGACGAUGUAGCGGUGAAAUAAGGUAAACGUAAUAAGACAAACAACAAAGCGUAAAAGCAGAGCAAGAACCAGAGUGAAAGUAAACCUGUAAUGUGGAGGAAACGGACAGUGAGCGCAGUGUAACCGUGACAACGAGACACGAGGACGGAUUUAAAGUGAUCAUAAAAUCGUCUCCAGACGGUCGUCGUUCGUCCAGUAGGCGGGAUUAAUGCACCUGUAAGCUGAUUUGUCAAACGCCAUCAAGCCCCGAAGAAAAACGGUGGAGGACAGCACUACUGUGGUAGAGGAGCGGUGUGUGUGCAGACAUGGCUGCCGUUGAUGAAGCGGACUGAACUUAGAGGAGAGACACAAACUAAAGUAUCGAUCCUGUCACAUCAGUGUGGAUCUGAUACCAACGUCUGUAUCGCUUUUAUCGAUGCUUGUAUCGAUCCGCCCAACCUGAGUUGACGCAGCAAUGAGUUCAGUUCAGUAUCUGAGAGAGUUCAUCAAGGAGAGACUAACUGCUGUUGGUGAAGAAAUCUUCUCAGAAGUUCAAAAAACCAUCGUCCAGUAUGAGGAGGAGAUCAACCGUCAGCACAGACUGCUGGAUAUCAGCUGGAAACCCGACAGAAACUCACACAUCAUAGACCUCCCACAACAACAUGACUGUGAGGAAGAGGAGGGUCUGGAUGAGCAGCAGGUCUGUAACCAGGAGAGGAACUCCAAUCUGGACCAGGAGGACCCAGAGCCUCCACAGAUUAAAGAGGAACAGGAGGAACUCUGCAGCAGUCAGGAGGGAGAGCAGCUUGGACUGAAGCAGGAGGCUGAAGGCAUUAUCGUCUGGACUGAUGAAGAGCAGCUCAGACUGAUUGAGACCAUCCGGAAACCUGUGAUAAAGUUACACAGAAUAGAUGUCCUACGCCAACAUGCUAUUGAGGAAGAAGAGGCUCUUACAGAACAGCAGGUCUUUAACCAGGAGAGGAACUCUAGUCUGGACCAGGAGGACCCAGAGCCCCCACAGAUUAAAGAGGAACAGGAGGAACUCUGCAGAAGUCAGGAGGGAGACCAGCUUGGACUGAAGCAGGAAGCUGAUACCUUCAUGAGAAAAGUUCCCACAGUGAACCAGAACAGUGAACCAGAACUAAACAGUGAGCAGCUCCUUUCUCACAGCUCUCCUGAAGCAGAGAGCAGAUAUCAUGAAGAAAAUGGGCAUGUGGACUCAGGAUCUACUAGAAAUACAGAGCUGAAGAAGAGACGUCACAGAAAGAGAGUAGACAACAGUCCUGUGUCAGUGAGUCAAAGUAGAACUGACACAAAGAACAAGUAUGUACAAUGUGACGUGUGUGGAAAAACUUUAAAAAAUAAAUACAAAAUGACUACACAUCUAAGAGUUCACACAGGUGAGAAACCAUAUACUUGUAGCACCUGUGGGAAAGGAUUUAAUCAGAAGUCACAUUUGGAAUGUCAUACAAGAAUUCACACAGGUGAGAAACCAUAUACUUGUAGCACCUGUGGGAAAAGAUUUUCUAACAAAUGGAAUUGGGAAAGUCAUCUAAAAGUUCACACAGGUGAGAAGCCAUAUUCUUGUACCACCUGUGGGAAAAGAUUUGCUGCAUCAUCUACGUUCAAAAGACACAUGAGAAUUCACACAGGUGAGAAGCCGUAUUCUUGUAACACCUGUGGGAAAAGAUUUGCUGCAUCAUCAGUGUUCAAAACACACAUGAGAAUUCAUGCUGAUGAGAAGCCGUAUUCGUGCAGCACCUGUGGGAAAGGAUUUAAUCAGAAGUCAUAUUUGGAAUGUCAUACAAGAAUUCACACAGGUGAGAAACCAUAUACUUGUAGCACCUGUGGGAAAAGAUUUUCUAACAAAUGUAAUUGGGAAAGUCAUCUAAAAGUUCACACAGGUGAGAAGCCAUAUUCUUGUAGCACCUGUGGGAAAAGAUUUGCUGCAUCAUCUACGUUCAAAAGACACACGAGAAUUCACACAGGUGAGAAGCCGUAUUAUUGUAGCACCUGUGGGAAAAGAUUGGCUGACUUAUCAACGUUCAAAAAACACACAAGAAUUCACACAGGUGAGAAGCCGUACUCUUGUAACACCUGUGGGAAAAGAUUUGCUGCAUCAUCAGUGUUCAAAACACACAUGAGAAUUCAUGCUGAUGAGAAGCCGUAUUCGUGCAGCACCUGUGGGAAAGGAUUUAAUCAGAAGUCAUAUUUGGAAUGUCAUACAAGAAUUCACACAGGUGACAAACCAUAUCCUUGUACCACAUGUGGGAAAAGAUUUGCUGACCCAUCAGCAUUCAAAAGACACAUGAGAAUUCACACAGGUGAGAAGCCGUAUUCUUGCAACACCUGUGGGAAAAGAUUUAUUCAGAAACCAAAUUUGGACUGUCAUGUAAGAAUUCACACAGGUGAGAAACCGUAUCCUUGUAGCUUCUGUGGGGAAAGGUUUGUCCAGAGGAUAAAACUAAAGAAGCACAUGAGAAUUCAUACGGGUUUAAAUGUUCAUACUAAGAAAAUGUGGGACAGCUGUGAGUCAUCGCUAAACACGUGAGUGAAAAGAUGAUCCAUAUUCAGGCCAUUAUUUUUCUGUCUAGAGCAGUAAAGAACUCUCAGCAUUGUUUGUUCAGUUUAUUACAUUAUUCUAUUAAUUGUAUCAGGGAAACUCUGAUCUUAUACUUCAUGAAGGUUUAAGUUCAGUAUGCUCCUGUUGGUUCAUUGUUUAGCUAUGUUGUUUAUUAUUACUGUUUUAUAUCCUAUAUUGGGACAAAUGUCACAAUAAAACACAAUAAAUAAACACAAUAAAAAUGAAAGAAUUGAGCAACAGUCAAGAACUGUGUUUGUUCUUGUAAGGGAGCAAAAGUAUCAAAUACCAAGUUUCAUGUUUGAAGGGGGAAGUCUCCAGUACAUUUUGUCAGUCCCACCCUCCUUUGCCUUAAAACUGUCACACAAUAACGCUUUUCCUUCUAGAGGCUUCUCAAAAGGGCAGUUAUGAGUGUAUGAACUGUAAUGAGCAGAUAAAAUGUUUUUUGCAAUCUUGGCAUAUUUCCAGGCACUAAGUGUAUCUUUGACUGUCAUACAGCUCACACCAAUUAGAAGAUUGCAUAAGGUAUUUUUUUUCCCAGUUGUCAAAUCCAAAAUCUACAUUGGAGCUGCAGUGAUUCCUCAAUUAGUCAAUGAAUAGAGGCCAAUUCAGCUGGGAAAUAUUAACUGCUCUUUUUAAGAUGUAGUGUUUUAGCACACGAAACAUAGAAAGAAAAUAUGGGAGAAAAAAGACUGAUGUUCAGCUUUACAGCUUUUCUGCUCCAGUUAAAAAACUUCCUACUGUUGGAGCAGAUUAACUGCAGCAAACCGAAGGUCAAUUUACACGGGCACAAAAUAGGUUUUAGUUUGUUUAGUUAUUGGAGCAUUAAACCACAAAUAUUUUAACCACAACCAUGUACUUUAUUGACAGUUAUGAUAGUGAACAGUGUUGAAACCUACAUAACACUGUCUUGUUAUACUUCUGCAUGUACUUUAUGUUGUACAGUUCAGAGACCUGAUCAACCCUCUGGGUUUGUUCAGAAUCACUACCAUUUCAGCUUGUUCAUGGCCAAAAGUGGCCACCAACAGACUAGGUCUGUAAUUUUUAUUAUUUUUUUGGUUUUUUUGCCAUUUUUUCUGCAUAAAGCUUUUAAGUAAAAAUAAAAAUAAUUAUUACUUUUUACAUUUUUAACCCUUUAAACACCAGUAUGUUUGUCCACUGCACUAGCUGGAAGACAACCUCAAAUCUCGCAAUUUUAUGUAAUUGCAUUGCUACUGAAAUUUCUUGUAUUAUUAAUAGUAGAGUCUGGGACAUGUAAUUGAUUCACAUCAACAUUGAUUAUAAUGCAUUGUUAUUUUUGUGCAGGGCUGAAUGGCCAAAAAGAAAAUCACAAAUGGUGUGUUAGUGGCCGGAAAAGCAAUUUAAUGACCAAAUAACCACUGCUGAAAUGACCAAUAA